AUGGAAAAUCGCCACCAAAUGUCGUGCAUCGAGUUAUAUAUUGAGUUUGAGCAAUCUAAAACGGAUCGUAACAUUGAAUUGGAAGAUUAUAAUAGUGAAAGCGAAGAUGAAUUUGAAAGUAACAUGAGAUCGUCGAUCCAGGAGCCUUCUUUCAUGCGGUCGUUGGAUUUGGAGGCUAUGCACGCACCGGAGUUUCCGCAGUAUAUGAACACAGUGCCUCCUGUUGUGGCGGAUGGUGAGUUCACAGUGGGGAUGGAAUUCAGUUCAAGGGAGGCAGUAAUCAAGGCAAUGAAAGAUUAUACCAUCCAGAGAGGUGUGGACUAUCGGGUAUAUGAGUCGGAACCGACGACAUUCUAUGCCAAAUGUACAGAAUAUGGGAAUAGUUGUGACUGGUUGAUCAGGGUUACCAAAAUGCAGAAGAAGUACUGUUGGGAGAUAAGGAGGUACAAUGGAAGUCACACUUGUACCAGGUCUACUAUUUCUCAAGACCAUUCGAAGUUGGAUUCCAAGACAGUUGUAGAAGCAAUUAAGCCGUUGGUAGAGGUUGACCCGUCUAUAAAGGUAAAAUCAGUAAUUGCUGAAGUCCAGUCAAAGUUUAACUACACCAUCAGUUAUCGCAAGGCUUGGUUAGCGAAGCAGCAGGCGGUGGAAUCAAUUUUUGGAGGUUGGGAAGCAUCAUAUGAAGCUUUGCCCAUAUGGAUUGAGGCCAUGUGUCACAAGGAGCCAUCAGCAGUGGUUCACUUUGAAACAAUGUCUGCUUACCAGGGAGAUGAUUUGGUUCCUGAUAUACGUGUACUGCAUAGAGUCUUCUGGAGUUAUUACCCUUGUAUAAGGGCCUUCAGACACUACAAGCCAGUGGUGCAGGUGGACGGGACUCAUUUGUAUAGAAAAUACAAGGGUUGUUUAUUGGUUGCAGUCUCACAAGAUGGUAAUAACAACAUCGUGCCUAUUGCAUUCGCCAUAGUGGAGGGAGAGACUUCUGAUGCAUGA